UUUGACAUGUAUCUGAAUAUUCUUCCUUUAAAGAACGUUCAACUUUAUAGGAAUAGUUUUCGUUUGGCAAGUACUCUUGUUUUAGCUGAGCAUAAUGAUCAAAAGUUAAAUCCUUUAACAUUAAAUGCAGUCACUGCAGCAAAAAAAAUUGGUCAUGAAAUUUCCAUGCUCGUAACAGGAAAAAAUUCUGAAGAAAUUGCAAAAGAAUCAGCAAAAAUAUCUGAUAUAAAACGUGUCUUUUUCGCUCAAAAUGAAAAAUUGACAGCUAAUUUACCUGAAAGAGUUUCUACAAUUCUUUCAGCUGUCCAAAAACAAUUUAAUUUUACACACAUUAUUGCCGGAGCUUCUACCUUCAGUCGAGGUGUUAUACCAAGAACUGCGGCUAUUCUAAAUGUAUCUCCAAUAUCGGAAAUAACACAAGUACAUAGUGAUGAUUCUUUCUCAAGACCAACAUAUGCCGGAAAUGCGAUUGAGAAGGUUAAAAGUAAAGCAUCUAUAAAAUUGAUAACAAUCCGGGCAACAGCGUUUGAAGCUUCUCCUUCUAGUGGUGGAUCAGCUACAAUUGAAAAAUUGCCUGACAUAGAAAUAAGUACUGAACUCAGCGAAUUUAUUGGUCAGGAACUAAGUAAAUCUGAACGUCCUGAACUUGCUGGAGCUAAAAUUGUUGUAUCUGGAGGUAGAGGGCUAAAAUCAGGAGAUAAUUUCAAGAUCCUUUACGAAUUGGCUGAUGUUCUUGGUGCGGCUGUAGGUGCUAGUCGAGCUGCUGUAGAUGCUGGAUUUGUGCCAAACGAUAUGCAAGUUGGUCAAACAGGGAAAGUCGUUGCACCGCAACUCUACAUUGCUGUUGGUAUUAGUGGAGCGAUACAACAUUUAGCGGGAAUGAAGGAUAGCAAAGUAAUUGUAGCAAUUAACAAGGACAAAGAUGCCCCAAUUUUUCAAGUUUCCGACUUCGGCCUUGUAGCAGAUUUGUUCAAAGCAAUUCCGGAGUUAACACAAGAAUUAAAGAAAUAA